AUGGCGCCCGCACAACCUGAGCUGAAGAAGGCAAGUCGUAGUCUUUUCCGUUACCUCGACAAGAGACUGUUCGUCCAGUUGAACGGCAGCCGAAAGGUCAUCGGUAUCCUCAGAGGUUACGAUGUCUUCCUGAACAUUGUCCUCGACGAAGCGGUGGAGGAAAAGGAUGGAGGAGAGAAGGAGAGAAUUGGCAUGGUUGUCAUCCGUGGUAACUCGGUGGUAAUGCUCGAGGCUCUCGAAAGAAUUGGCGGCGAUGACCGACGUGGAGACCGAUAA